UUCUUUACAGAUUUGAUUUAAUCACUCGCCGAUUAUCGAUACGAAUGAAUAGAACAUGAUAAUUUUGCAUUUCAAAUACCAGUUACCUAUGAACGUUUCAAUUGUACAAUAACAGGCAUUGGGAUCGACGAAGUGCAGGGGACCUACAACAUUUGGGUCUGAUAAGCGGAGAACGCACGACUCAAUAUCUGUAAUUUCAUCGGUUUUUAGGAUUUUGAUUUUGGACAGGUCUGAGAUUGAACCCAGAAGCGUUUUCGUCUACGAACAUUUCUAAUAAAACUUGUUUUAAAGAAAUAAGAAUCGCUCGCAACGCCGUCUAUUGAUAAAACGACGAACAAGAAGAGGAAAAUACAUAUGAACGCGAUACUCAUGAAUUACUAUAGAACUCUUUCAUGAAUUACUGUGCGUGUGAUCUCCAUCAAUAUUUGCACUGGUAUACAAUCUACGAUUGAUUAACUCUGAAAAAACUAGCCGUAUAAUAGUUUUUACCACGAUUCUUACAAUUAUGGACUGUUGUAAAUUCACGAUAAAUGUCACGUGAUUUUUACGUGAAUAAAGAGAGCGUGCGAAUGGAGUUUUAAACUAUUGUAUUGAAAUAUCACAUGUAUUCGUCGUGUAACCACAUCGAUCUUUAUGUCGGUGUGAAUUGUUUGCACGCCACGUUUUAAAUCUACGGAUCCACGUAUAUAUCCCCAGGUUAUAGAGCUACAACAAUACAAAAUGUACCCCAAUAUUGGACUCCGAAAUGUCAUUUCACUUGGCAUAUUUAUUUCAUACCUAACCUCCGUUGUUUUUGCCGAAAAAUCGCCCUUCGAAGAUGUGGGCCAGACUUUUGCAAGCUCUUCAAUGAAUUCCGCUGACACAACGUCCACUCAGCCUAAAGGCAACUUAGGUCUGUUACAUGCCUUUGUUGCCUCGCUCUCUGUCAUCGUUGUCUCUGAACUUGGGGACAAAACUUUCUUCAUCGCAGCUAUCAUGGCUAUGCGACAUCCACGACUUACUGUUUUUUCCGGUGCUAUAAGUGCCCUCGCUUUGAUGACUGUUCUAUCUGUUGUAUUCGGUUAUGCCGCAACCAUAAUUCCACGAGCUUAUACCUACUACAUUUCUACCGCUCUUUUCGCACUGUUUGGUCUGAAGAUGCUACGCGAUGGUUACUACAUGUCGCCAAACGAAGGUCAAGAAGAACUGGAAGAGGUGCAGUUAGACUUACGGAAAAGAGAGGAUGAAUAUGAAAAAGAAGCCAGUACUAGUAUCGUCCAGGAUCCAGAAACUGGAGUAAUUAGGAAAACAACAAAAUCGAACAGCGUAUGGUUACUAAUCUCGAGAAUUUUCAUACAAGCUUUCACUCUCACAUUUGUUGCGGAAUGGGGAGAUCGUUCGCAACUCACUACAAUCAUCCUUGCAGCUCGAGAGGAUGUUUACGGUGUCACAUUAGGUGGAAUUUUAGGACAUGCAUUUUGCACAGGAUUGGCUGUCCUUGGUGGGCGUAUGAUAGCACAAAAAAUAUCAGUUCGAACAGUUACAAUUAUCGGAGGUGUAGUAUUUCUGCUGUUCGCGAUAACCGCAUUAUUUGUUAAUCCAACGGAAGAUGUGUAGGCAUUAGAAGACUUAAUUGAAAGAAUGCAGCCUAUUAAUAAUUUAUGAUAAUGUUAUGUGUUUAUGACGUUAAACACAGUAUGAAAUAGUGUUAAACAUCGCAUCUAUACAGUAAAAUUGUUGCCAUUUUUACUAACCGUUGUCACAUCGUAUUUCUAGUAUUUUUUAAUUAUACACUAAAGUGUAUGUACAUACAUGCCUUUCUAGAGAGCAAAGCGUUACCUGAUCCUAUCACUACGGGCCGUUAUUUAGAGAACACUGUGAUUAUUUUUUAGUCAUAAGGACUGCAGAUAAAAUCAUUUUUCUGCACGAAUAUUCCAUUCUGGUGAAGAUAAUACAUACUGCAUAGCAUUUUUACGCCAAACGUGAAUCCACGAUGAUAUAUACUUGGGUGCGCAAGUAUAAAACGCAACACUACUGUGAAUGGAGUUAAUACUCUAGAAUGAUUUAUAUUUUUACUCACCAACGUUGCUCCAGUGAAAAGAUAUGAUUUUGUGUAACCAAUAAUAAAGGUGUCGUCGGUAUUGAUUCCAUUGCUGUCAAUGCUGUUCUAUAAAUUUUAUACUUAUUGUGUAAAGUUUUAUCAAUAGCAUAACAGAUUGGAUCUAUUUUUCUUCCUAUUUGUAUCAUUUUACUUUAUAUGUAUUAUAUUUUUCUAACUAAAAUGAACAAAGUAUUAAUGAUUUAUUUUUACUGUAAACUCAACCAACGAAAUAAAUAUUUCUAGUAAUCAUCAUCAGUGAGUGGAAUAUAUAUUGCUUUCAGAGUUCUGGUAAGAUACUCAACUAUGACUUAUAAUAUUACUGCACCAGAUUUCAUAGGCACAAUGUACAUAAAUAGUUGAUCUUCUACCUUUGAGAUUCAUUAAUUUCCACUUACCGUGCGUGAUGUAAAAGUAUCUUUAUGUUAAAUGAGUGAUUUAUAAUUUUGCACCACCCAAAUAAUGAAUAAAAAUGUGGCGUUCAAAUUUUGCGUGACUUCAAAAUGAUAUAUGUAUGUAAAUUAAAAGCCAAAUGAUUUAUUAGGAAAAUAACAUAAUUUUAAAUCAGUUACAAAAUCAGUCUCAAAUCACCAACUACCUUUUCACGUAUAUACUUUUAAUUGCUUCUGUAAUUUACUCAUAAAUACCAUUAAUAUCAUAACACAUCAACAAUACAUCAUUUAUAGUAGUGUCAACUAUACACAACUACUGAGGAAAUAGAUCAAAACAGCUACUGUUAAUCUCGCAUUGGACGUCGAGGAUAUAAUGUUAGGUACGUGAUUAUAGACUGUUUGCUAUACUUUGUAAUCCAGUUACUUAAGCACUGCAACGCUGAAAGAGAUUUUUUACACAUAAAAUAUUCAAGUUUAUUAAUGUACGUAACUUUCCCUCAAACAUUUGGUUUUCACGUUUCAAAUUGUAUGACAAUCGGUAAAAUUCCAUGUACAGAAUGUAAAAUCUUAAGUAAACUUGUAAGUGUUGAAUAUGCCGCCGCAUUAUCCUCUAAGGCUUACCUAAAAUAUUACUGAAGUAUACAGAGAGUUUUCUCAUGUUUGGUUUGAUUGAUCCGGUGGCGGUUUACACUGGGCCUCUAGAUUCCGUAAUCUCUCAAGCCUGGACAUAGGAUCCAUCAUAGUUUUUUCUUCUGCAAGAGAUCUAGGAACUCCAGAAAUAUCUGGAAAAAGUUAAUAUUCCACCACUGAUCGCCUUAAGCAAUAAACUGAUUUUUACGUAAUUGUUCUGCAUAAUUCAUAUAUUGAAAUUACCAGAAAUACCUGUGGCAUAUUGAUUAUUUGUCUGUAAAAUAGGGGUUUGACUUUUUCUUGCUUGGUCAAUAUCUCGCAACCCCUGUUCGAUGUAGUCUUGGAAAAACUGAUGAGAUUUAAGUAGGAAUGGUUGCACAUAAAUAUCCGCCUCCGGAUACUGCAGUUUAAAAUCAUACAGUUGUGCAAGCCCCUAAGGAAAAUUCGCAUUUGUGUAUUGAGUACAUCAAUUUCCAAGCAACUGUUAAACGUCAAUAUUGUAAGUAAUCAUCUUUUCAUGUCUACCUCUUGUGUAUGAUGUUUUGAUCCAAUUUUUUUAAAUAUUUCAGACAACUGCUGAUGUGUUAAUUUAGACAAGUGCUUUUGUGUUCUACCAACGGUAGCAGACUUUGAUGACGCUCGCGACUGUGUAUUAGUGUCAUCUGGUUUCAGUGUCUGAAAAUAAUUUUUUGAGAUAAAUAUUUUUGUUCGCAGUAAACUCAUAGUGCAACAAGCAAUUUCCAACACAUUGUAUCAACUCACCGCAACAAGCCUUAUAAGGUAAGAAUACAAUUCCGACUCGUCUUUGUUGGUUAUUAAGCUCAUGUGAUUUAAAAUGGCAUUUCCUUUUACUCGGGUCAUGCUAUGAAGUACUGUUUUAACCGUGCGCAGGGCAGUAUCGGAUCUUCUCUUCUUCCACCACGUGGUUGGAUAAUCCUUUAAAUUGAACAAAUCGUAAGUUGCAUUUAACGGAAAAAUUAAACAGCACGAAUCAGAAGUAACGUAAAUUUGGUGUACUAAAAUCUUACUAUUAUGUGGAGAUUACUUACUUUCAGGAAAUAGUGUACUUCUCGAAGAAUUGGAUCGUAAUCUAAAUCUGCAGCCCAGCUUGGCAUAAUCUUAACUAUUUUCCAUAAACACUUCAUUACCAAUUCUUCGUAUUUUGGAAGUGCAUUAGAUUGUGCACAACCGUGAAGUAGUUUUAUCAGAACAC